CAUCUGGCUCAAAAGCUUCUAGACCUUCCGGGAAAGUCUAGAACAUGAGGGAGACACCUCACCACCUUUGCAUGCCCUCUCAUUUCAUCACCAGAAGGAGAUACCUCCUUCUGGUCUCUUCUAAAUUGUUCCUCCCUUACUUUUCUUCCCCUUUAUUUAUUAACUGCUUCUCUUUCCCUCUGUAGCCUCUACUACCAAUAUCAAUAGCAACAAACUCGCGUUUCUCUUUUUCCUUGUGACAUUCUUGCGCAUACAUUAUUUUUCUAUUAAUAAAAAGUACUAGUCAGGAAUGGAAGAACCAAAAUACACUGUGGCAUCUGAUAGUGAAACCACUGGGGAGGAGAAAUCUUCACCGGCUUUUGCAGAAAUUGCAAUUGGAAUUGACAUUGGGACUUCACAGUGCAGUAUUGCAGUCUGGAAUGGCUCCGAGGUAGAGCUCCUAAAGAACACCAGAAACCAAAAGUUGAUGCGAUCAUAUGUUACCUUCAAGGAAGAAGUCCCUUCAGGUGGAGUCAGCAAUCAGAUCUCCCAUGAAUAUGAAAUAUUAUCUGGAGUUGCAAUUUUCAACAUGAAACGACUGAUAGGUAGAGUGGAUACUGAUCCUGUAGUUCAUGCAAGCAAAAGGCUUCCAUUUUUGGUUCAAACUUUGGAUAUUGGUGUUCGCCCAUUUAUCGCAGCUUUAGUGAACAAUGUUUGGAGAUCCACCACGCCUGAAGAAGUCCUUGCAAUAUUUCUGGUUGAACUUCGAGCCAUGGCUGAACUUCAGUUGAAGAAGCCCAUAAGAAAUGUUGUUCUAACCAUUCCAGUGUCAUUUAGCAGGUUUCAAUUGACACGGAUUGAACGUGCUUGUGCCAUGGCUGGCCUCCACAUCCUCCGGUUGAUGCCUGAGCCAACGGCUGUGGCAUUGUUAUAUGCACAGCAGCAGCAACAGACUGUGCAUGAGAAUAUGGGAAGCGGAAGUGAGAAGAAUGCCCUUAUAUUUAACAUGGGUGCUGGGUAUUGUGAUGUAGCUGUUACUGCCACUGCUGGAGGAGUUUCACAGAUUAAGGCUUUAGCAGGAGCUGCUAUUGGAGGCGAAGACAUACUGCAGAACAUGAUGCAGUAUCUCUUGCCAAACUCAGAGAGCCUUUUCCUGAACCACAGAGUCAACGAGAUCAAAUCGUUGGGGUUGCUUCGAGUAGCAACCGAAGAUGCAAUCCAUCAGCUCUCCUCGCGGAGCAGUGUUCAGGUGGAUGUUGACUUGGGAAAUGGAUCCAAAAUAUAUAAGGUGGUCACUAGGGAGGAAUUCGAGCGAGUGAACCUUAAGGUGUUUGAAAAGUGUGAGAGCCUCGUAACACGGUGCUUGCGUGACUCAAAGGUAGACAUAGAGGAUUUGACUGAUGUUAUACUUGUAGGCGGGUGUUCAUAUAUCCCAAAGAUAAGAAACGUUGUCAAGGCUGUGUGCAAAAGAGAGGAACUUUACGAAGCAAUAAAUCCAUUGGAAGCUGCAGUCUGUGGGGCAGCACUAGAAGGAGCAGUUGCAUCAGGAAUCACUGACCCCUUUGGAAGUUUGGAUCUGUUAACAAUCCAAGCUACCCCCCUUGGCAUUGGAAUUAGAGCAGAUGGGAACAGCUUUGUCCCAAUCAUACCUAGAAAUACCACAAUGCCAGCAAGGAAAGAGUUGUUAUUCACAACCACCCAUGAUAACCAAACCGAAGCUCUAAUCCUUGUCUAUGAAGGUGAGGGGACAAAGGUGGAAGAGAAUCAUCUUCUGGGCUAUUUCAAGAUCGUGGGAAUCCCAGCUGCACCCAAAGGAGUUCCAGAGAUAAAUGUGUGCAUGGAUAUUGAUGCCUCAAAUACGCUCAGAGUUUUUGCUGGAGUGGUGAUUCCAGGAACUGAUCAGCCAAUGGCACCGUUUAUGGAAGUCAGGAUGCCUACAGUUGAUGAUGGGCAUGGCUGGUGUGCUGAAGCCCUGAACCGGUCAUAUGGGUCGACUCUUGAUCUGGUUACCGUGCAGAAGAAGAUGUGAAGGCGAGGGUGAUAUUCUAGACUGCAUCAGUUUAGGAAGAUAAAAGAGUGUCGAAAUGAAAAGUUGUUUACGUUUUACAAGAAAGUGAGCUUGCUGUAAGGAAUAAAAUAAUACAUGUACAGAACUUGGCUUUGAUGUUAUUUAGUGUCCCUUCAAUUUCUUAUAACCAUAAAUGAUUCAGGAAAGUUAUAGAGAUAAAAUCUAGCUGCGACAUAUCGACUCAACGAGUUUGGAAGGGAGAAUGAUUUGAAGUACAGUUAGAAGUUUCAGUUUGAUCAUUGUCACCACGCAGCUUCAAUUUUGUGGGUGGGUUCUGAAGGAUUUAUAUGUUCUGGGCUGUGUCUACAUCGCCAUUAUACUCUGUGAGGGUCAGGUCAAUUGUAACAGGGCAUAACAACGGUCCAUCUCAGAGUAAUUAGUGGUUAAGAGAUAUAAGUGGUCAUGGCUGAGUUUUAUACCCCUAAAAUUGGACGAAGCACAAGAGACCAAUACGAGUUGUUCUUACGGGCCUGUUCUCACAAAAUUCAAAUAAUUAUUAAAAAAAUAAAAUUAUUUGCCAGUGGAUUGAUAUGGAGACCUUUAAAUGGAGAGAAACCCCGACCACUAGAAAAGGUAGGCAAGCGGAGCAGUUCUAUUAAUAAUUAGAAAAGAGGAAAGAAGUUGGCGUCGAAGGAGCACGAUUGUUGGCAGUUACAAGGCAGCAUGGAGCAUUACAGGGAACGUGGAUUGUAAAGGAUUAUAGAUACAAACCACAACGGCGAGGACAAAACAAUCAAAUUUUGUUCCAUUUUGUUUAGAACACCUAAAUGGUUGUAGGCAGUAACAUCAUAGGCUGAUAGUUAGGUUACUCUGUUCCAUUUUAAUAGUUUAAAGUGAUCAUUAUUGUUCAUAAUUAGUCUUCUAACUGGCUGGAUAGAUUGCAGACUCCAACUGGGUCUGUAUACUUUCAAUUCACUUAAUUUCAUUUAUUAUAAAAGAAAGGAUCAAAAAGAUCAUUAGAGUAAAUAAUAGAGCACAUUUAGUUGUUACCUCAAUCCAAAACAAAUAGAGUGAGCUACUGUGCGGACCAUUAUCCAAAUUUUUUGUUCUUCUUUUGUUAUGAAGUCCUUGAGAAUCCGAGGCAGGGAAAAAAAACACUGAAUUACAGAUAGAUUUGUUUAUUUAAUACGGUACAAAGAGAAAUUAAUCUUGAGAAUUAUCUGGGUAGUUGAUAUGUUUUAUCGUAUGCAGUGCAAUUCUCUACUCGAACUGGUGCCAAGAUCAUGACCCGCGGAUGGCAUCAAAUCAUGCGCAAUACGAGGACUUGAGCGUCCCAAGCACAUCUCAUGAGGAGGAAUGAAGAAAUCAUGAUGGAUUGCCGGUUAAAGUGUAAUUGUUAUUGGCAAGUGCAUGCAUAUUACCCAUCUUAAUGUAUUCUUGUACAAAACAGCAGCUCUUCACAUUUGGCAAUAAAAUUAUGAUCAUUUGAGAAGUGGCAAACAUUCAACCAUUCGAAAGUAAAAAAGUUUGACUAGGCAGUUAUGUUUUGAAACGGUUUGUUUGACCUUCGUCUUCGUCUUCUUCUUCUUCUUGUAUAAAUGGUUUGUUUGAACUAAUUCAAAUCCUCUUUUAUAAACGUAAUGCUUUGACCUUUACCAUAGAAGAAUAUAUAUCCUUGCAAGAAAAGAAGCUCAUUGCUCUUGUGUUUAAGCAGGUGAUCAGUAAAUCAAGAUGUUAACACCUAAAAUUGCUAUGUGGAUCAUGGUGCUAACAGUGGCUGCAAUUCACAUCUCGAUGGUCUUAGGUGGGGAUGCUGGGAUUAUUUAUGGAAGAAAUGGAGAUAAUCUCCCAUCCCCUAAACGAGUAAUUGAUUUUCUCACCGAGGACAUGAACCAUGCGAUUUCAUUAGUCCGGGUCUAUGAUGCCAAUACGGAAGUUUUAGAAGCUCUAAGUGGAACCAACUUGGUCGUAACCAUUGGGGUUCCAGAUGAAGCAAUUGCCCAUGUAGCUUCUAGCCAGGAAGCUGCAGACAAAUGGUUUCGAGACCACGUACUUACUUAUGUUCACAAGGGUGUUCGGUUCCGAUAUAUUUGUGUUGGCAACGAGGCAAUUCCUGGUGUUGUUCAAUCUCUUGUACCACAAGCAAUUAUUAAUCUCUACAAUUCAGUAAGGAAGGCAAGCGUAGAUUAUAUCUAUGUUACAACUGCAGUCGGGGGUAAAGUUCUGGAAAGCUCCUAUCCUCCCUCAGCUGGUCGAUUCGCGAAUGGGGUCGACAAAAUUAUGAAUAACCUCACGAAUUAUUUGUAUAAUAUAGGGUCCCCGUUAUUGAUCAAUUUGUACCCUUACCAUGCCCUGGUCUCGGAGCCACAACAUAUUUCAUUGGACUAUGCCUUAUUUCAGUCCCAAAAGCCAGUGUUUACAGAUGGGGAUUUAGAGUAUUACAAUCUUUUUGAUGCUAUGGUGGAUGCAUUUGUAGCAGCAAUGGUAAGGGUGGUGCAACAGGAGGAUGUCAAACUUGUCGUCGCCGAGACCGGGUGGCCAACUGCAGGUGUUGGGUCGUAUGCUUGCACCGAGAAUGCUCGAAUCUACAACCUUAAUCUAAGGAAGCAUGCAAUUGAAAAGGGAUGCACUCCGAGAAAGGCGGACAUUAAUUUGGAGGUUUACAUCUCGGAGAUGUUCAAUGAGAAUCUGCAACCGGACGAGUUUGAGAGAAAUUUUGGAACUUUUUAUCCCAACCUCACCGAGGUAUAUCAGUUGUGGCGCUGAGUUCUUAAUUUUGAAAACGAAGCAACUUUGUAUUGAUCUUGAUUGUAUGAAAUAAGAAAAGAACCAUUUAUAUUCCUUAA